CAGUACAAUGGCUUCGUCCAGCGGUGUCAGAGAAGGAGUGUUGUUGGGUAUGGGUAACCCACUGUUGGACAUCAGCAUCACCGGGAACCAGGACCUGUUGUCGCGUUAUGGGCUGGAGCCAAACAACGCCGUCCUAGCGACGCCCGAGCAGCACGAGCUGUUCCACGAGGUGGUUGAGAAGUUUUCCCCGUCCUACAUCGCAGGGGGCGCCACCCAGAACAGCGUGCGUGUGGCUCAGUGGCUGCUGCAGGUCCCUGGCGCCACCACCUUCAUGGGUGGUGUCGGAAACGACAGGUUCCGGCACAUUCUAGAGGAGAACGCUCGUUGUGUCGGUGUGAACGUCUGCUAUCAGGUGUAUCCCGAUGAUAAGACUGGUGUCUGCGCUGCCAUCAUUACAGGGGAGGACCGCUCUCUCAUCACAGAACUUGGGGCCGCUGAGCGCUUUUGUUUAGAUUUUCUGCAGAAGCAGGAGAAUUGGGCUCUGGUGGAGAAGGCGCGGUAUUUUUAUAUCGGGGGGUUCCUGUUGUCUAACAGUAGCGAUGUUGUCACAGCCGUGGCCAAGCACUGCUCAGCUGCAAAGAAAACUCUGGUGAUGAACCUCCAUGCCACAUUUCUCUGCCAGUACUUUGCCGAUCCGGGCCUGAACCUCAUGCCUCAUGUGGACGUCCUGUUUGGCAAUGGCGACGAGUACACAGAGUUUGCCAGACAGAUGAACAUGGACAUGGGAGACAUGGCGGCUCUGGCCCUGAAAGUCGCAGCUCUGCCAAAGGCCAACUCCGACCUACCGCGGAUCGUGAUCAUCACUCAGGGGAAAGCACCAACGAUCGUAGCCACUGAAGGAAGGGUGGAAGAAAUUCAUGUACAGCCUGUUGAUACUUCCCUUAUCAAAGAUACAAACGGUUGUGGGGAUGCUUUUGUGGGUGGUUUCUUGUCACAAUUAGUUCAAGGCAAGCCACUGUCUGAAUGCCUUAGGUGUGGGUCAUAUGCUGCCAAAAUAGUCAUACAGCACUUUGGGUGUACUUAUCCCGAUCACCCUGAUUUUGUCUAGAGGAAGCACAGUUCGUUGAAAUUGGCUGAGUUAGUUUAACCCUAGUGUCUGAGUUUUCUAUUGCAUGUUUUAGAGGGAUUGCCCCUAAUCUAUGUGGCCCCUCUCUCUGCCUCUCUAUUUAGUGUGAUGCUCAAGUGUGGUUGUGAUAAGACGUAAAUGCCAGCUGUAAUGUACCUUGUUUUAUACUCCUAUCAAUUACAAAAUGUACCAAACUUAAUAACAUCUGAAAAGGUAUGCUGAAGUUUGCGUAACUGUGAUUGUAUCCUAAAAAUUGUUUGAAGCAAUAUUAAGCUCUGACUAAUCGUUUCAUUAUUGGGACAAUCAUUAUCACUUCAACUGAAAAGGGUAUAAUUUUUUAUUGGGGGAGGCCUGAGUUUUGUCUUCUGUCCUAAGUGCAACUUGAGCUGAACGCGGACAUCUCUUUUAUGAGAUACAUUUUCCCUGUAACCACAACAUCAUCACAUUUCUUUAUUAAUUUAACUAGCUGGACUAGUCGUUUUACUGCGAUCCAUGAAAAAAUUAGAUUUAUACUUCACUUUUCCCAGUGCGUCUCAGCUUAUGUACACAGUUUAUCUUGGAAUUUAGUGUGGUAUGUCUCAGUUGUACUGUCCAGGAUACUCAUCCCCUUUGAUUGGCUUGCAUCGUGUGUUUAUUGUUUCUGUUUUACUACAGUCGUCUAAGGGCUAAGUGUUGUCUUCCUUUCUCGUCUUUUGCCUGACUGGUCUUUUUGAAUGAACUCAUUGUGUCAGGUUCGUUUUCCUCUUUUGUGAGUCAUGUGUGCUCUUGUGGUCUGUGAGUCUAUGACUGUAUUGUUGUCUUUGACAUGUUUUUAAUUUCUAUUUUUAAUCUCGUAUAUGUGGUGUAUGUGUUU